GUUAGGGAGAGGGAGGGAGAGAGAGAGAGGGAGAGAGAGACUUGUCCCCCUCCGAGGAGAGGACAGCCCUGAUCGCCGUGGAGGACGUUUUUACGCAGCAGCCUGACUGACUUUGGAAAAACAGCGUCUGAUCGCGGGUCCGAGCGGCGCGGAUGACCAAAAAAGAGCGUCGUGGCGAAAAGUUAGUUGUUCUUUUCCUUUUCUUUUUGAGUGAUCGCCUGUGAGGUUUCCACCACCGAGAGAUCUGCAGAGAAGAGGACAGAGAAGAGGGCAGCAUGCCGCGGCGCACCGUCCACGAAGUGACCGUGCAGGACGUCCAGAAGCGGCGCAACCCCAGCAAACACUACGUUUAUAUCAUCAAAGUGUCCUGGAGCGAUGGCAGCACAGAAGUCAUUUUCAGACGCUACAGCAAGUUCUUCGACCUCCAGAUGGAAUUGCUGGAUAAAUUCCCGGUGGAAGGAGGCCAGAAGGAUCCCAAACGCCGCAUCAUUCCAUUCCUACCAGGGAAGAUUCUGUUUAGGAGGAGCCACAUCAGAGACGUGGCGAUGAAGAGACUAAGGCCCAUUAACGAGUACUGCAGGGCUCUGAUUCAGCUUCCCGUCUACAUCUCCCAGUGCGAGGAGGUCCGAGUGUUCUUUGAGACCAGACCAGAGGAUCUCAACCCUCCCAAAGAGGAGCCCCUCGGGAAGAAGAAAUCAGGGUUUGUGGAGCGAGCGGCUACUUUCCUAAAGCGAGGAGACUCCUCCGGAGCAGACCCGCUCCUCCUGGACCAGUACGUGGCCGUCACCGACUACGAGAAGCAGGAGAGCUCGGAGAUCAGCCUGCUCGUGGGCCAGGUGGUGGAGGUCAUCGAGAAAAACGAAUCUGGCUGGUGGUUUGUGAGCUCGGAGGACGCGCAGGGCUGGGUCCCCGCCACCUGCCUGGAGGCCCAGGACGACCCCGACGACUUCUCUCUUCCUGGAGAAGAAGUGCCGCGGAGGUUCUGGUCACUGCCGAGGCACGUGGGUCGUCGCAGAACUUUAGGGGAUCUAUUCAGCACAGGCUUUGGGCAAGAAGAGAAGUAUUCGGUGAUUUAUCCGUACGCCGCCAGGGAUCAGGAUGAAAUUGACCUCGAGAGAGGCAUGAUUGUUGAAGUCAUCCAGAAGAAUUUGGAAGGCUGGUGGAAGAUCAGGUACCAGGGGCGAGAGGGCUGGGCCCCAGCCUCCUACCUGAAGAAGUCCGACAUCCAGAGCCAGAGACAGUCGGCUGCUCACGCCAGCACAAACGACCUGGAAGGCUGUUCCAAACCAAACCAGCAAAACAAUCAGAAAGAAAACAGGCUCUCAGUUUUCUCUGAUAUCAACAAAAAAGUGGGAUUAAGACACAGACCCCCCCCACGCAGAGAUCUCACCAUUCCGCGGGGUUCCAACUUACCUAAGCCCCCAGUGGCCCCUCAGGUGGAGGAGGAGUUCUACACCAUCGCGGACUUCCAGACCACCAUCCCCGACGGGAUCAGCUUCCAGGCCGGGGUCAAAGUGGAGGUGAUUGAGAAGAAUGGAAGUGGUUGGUGGUACAUCCAGAUUGAUGACAAAGAAGGCUGGGCGCCCGUCACCUUUAUCGACAAGUACAAGAAGACGAGUAACGCCGUGCGGCCCAACUUCCUCGCCCCGUUGCCCAACGAGAUGGAGAACCUGAGGCUGGAGAACGGCGGGUCCUCCAACGUCACCGGCGCCGACGACACCUGGUCCAAGCCGCUCCCGGAUGAGCCGCCGGCCGCUGCCGCCGCCGCCGCCGCCAUCGCCGAGUCCUUCACCCGGCCCAAAAUGAGAGAUUGGAAGCCCAGUGGCAGCAAGGCGGCCUCUGCUUUCUCCGGGCCUUUGCCCCCGGCUCCGGCGGCCCCCCCGGCCGAGGAGAAGCCGGCCCUGCCGCCUCGGAGGGAGUCCAUUAAUAAAAGCUUUGAAUUGGAGGUGGCAGAGAAAUCAAGACCAGAUAGUUCCAAGCCUUUGCCCCCAAAGCCCCCGGCACCCGGGGUUAUAAUGCCCCUGGUAACACCCAAAGCACCACCGUUCAAACCAGACAAGCCACCAGAGACCAAGAAAGAAGAUAAAAGCAAAGGACUUUACCUCCGAAAUGAGAUGGGUCUUGAAUGCGGCCACAACGUUUCUGCCAAAGAGGUGAAGAAGUUUAAUCUGAAGCCGGUUCCUAAGCAGCCGCCCAAACCCAGGGCGGAGGCGCAGGAGGAGAAAGCCGAGGCGGCCGGCCCCGCGGUGUUUAUGAAGCCCAAGCCGGGCGUCAAGCCCAAACCCGUCCCCGCCGCCAAACCGGACCCCCCCGCGGAGAGCAAGGUGGACAUCACCAACCUGAGGAGCAAGCUGAGACCGUCCAAACCUGCGGACGCGGGCUCGGCAUCAGCAUCAGCAGAGAACACUCGCUCCAGUUCCCCGCCGGCCCACCCCCCUCCGCUCAACAACCACAAAAACUCUGACGAGCCCAAGUUUCCCUCCAAACACACCAAUGGUUUUAGCCAGGACAGCUCGUCGCCCGCAAAGCCGGCGGUGCCGCCCCACAAGGAGCCGCCCCAGAGACCUCCCUCCAUGGCUCCUCGGAGACCGCCGCCCCCCAAGAAAACAGACCCGUCGAGUCCCACCGAAAACAAGUCGCCAGGUUUUAAGGAACCCCAGGAGGGCCCCAAGGCCGGCCCCCCGCCGCUCAACAGACCCCCUCCCCCCAAGCCCAAAGGCCUGGGCCAGCCGCCACCGCCAAAAGAGAAGGAAGAGUCGAAGGGGAACAGAGUGCCCAUUCCUCCCAAGCCCCAGGUCAAGGGGGAGAAGCCCGGGCCGCCCCGGGACAAGCUCCCGCCCUUACUCAAGGAGCCCGGCAGGGACGAGCUCUACCUGGCGCUGGCGGACUUCGAGGGCGACGACCAAACGUUCAGCUUCAAGAUGGGCACGGUGUUCGAGGUGAUGGAGAAAAACAGCAGCGGCUGGUGGUUCUGUAAAAGCGUAGGAGAGGAAUCUGAGGGCUGGAUCCCCUCGAAUUACCUGAGCAAGAAACCUUAACUCGUGUCUAGGAACAAGGAACAAGGAAAGAUAAUAGAGCGAAGAUCUGAACGAACAAUAUAUAUCACUAUUGUUUUCUUAAACGUAGCUUCUUUUUUUUUUAUUUAUAGGUACCUUUUUCUUUUAUCCUUCUAGGCAUUUUUGUUUCGUUUUACCUUGAUAUUCAGCCAAUUGAACCAGCAAUAACACACAACCUUAUUUGGGUUUUGUGACGUUUACUUUAGUUUGUACCUAUACGAUAUAAAAACCUGCUAGCGUCCGUCGGCCGUGGCCUGUGUCCGUUUUCGUCUUCAGCCGGGCUAGAAACCGCACUAGAGCAGCAGUGAAAGUAUCUACAUCCGUGCCUCCGGUAUUUUAUGCAAAGUGCUUCAGUGCUUAUUAAACUGUACGCAGCCGUAGAAGUAGUUCGUCAUUGGAAUCGGUUGACGGAAAAAAAACCCGAAUCUGGACACACGUUCUACACAGAAAAAGACAAAAGAACUCAACUCUUAAAUUCCUUCAAAAGGCAGCACGUGAAGUCGCUGGGGAGGUUCAGCGAAGUCACACGAGCUUUCAAGUGCCAUUAGCAGUUACGUCAAGAUGUCUUUGCCAAGUACAGUAGGUGUGCGGCCUGUUACGAUAGAGAUCUAGAGAUUAGUUUUCUGCUUUUGCAAUGCCUAAUUGUUGUUGACAUGGUUUAUAACAGAUGUGCACUUUCAGUUCAGUUCAGGUGAGGUAAGUUUAAGGGUUUUGGACACUCUUAGGGAGUGCAUUUUAAUUUCUUACAAACCAUUCAUUUGCCAUCAUUUCAAUUUGGAACUUCACUAUAUCAACCCAGCCAGAAUAUCCACGCGUGGCCCCGUCCCUGAUUAAACGCAGGGAUCUUGCAUCUUAGCAGCUUUAAGCUGGUAAUGGGACCCAUACAUAAGUGCUGGCUGGGUAACUAACUAUCCACCACGGUAAAAAAUGUCAAAAUGAGGCUGGAAUAUCCACAUUAAUAGUGAUAUUUGUAAGAAUGUGAAAUGCAGAGCCCGUCUUACUAUCCGACCGUCAUAAUUUGAAGAUUUACAUUUGGUUUGUGCAAUGACUUCCAACUUUGAACGGGCUCUUCUUUGCUGAAGUCUGGUGCUCCAGUUACAAAGCGAUGACAAUUGUGUAGGAAUAAGGUUUUACAUGAAUGCUUGACUGGUCUCAAGCAUUAUCAUUAUAACAAAUUAUUUUUAUUGUACAGCAUGAGAGCCGAUAUCUUAACUGUUGUGUUUGGUGUUUCCAUCUAGUAGCUCUUUUUUUUUAUAUGUACAAUUUGAGGGGGUUGGAGGUUGGAAAAAAGGGAUUUGUUCAAUUCACUUGGAGCAAAUAUGGAGGAUUGUGUUUCUGUCAAGUGAAAGAAAAGGUAAAGUUACUUAAGGUCAUUCUUUCAAAAACUAAAUUUCCAAAAAACUGAUCCAAAAUGCAUAUACGGUAAAUAAAUGUGCAUAUGUAGACAAGGCUACAAGCUGCAACAGGGUCUGUUCUGCUUCUAGUUGCUAUAAUGUUUCACCUCCUAAGCCACACGUGCCAAAACGGUUUGAAUUAGAAAAAAAAACACAAAAUCCAGAUAUGCCGAGUGAUGUUCCUCAGGUGUACUAAUGCGACGAGGGAAGGAUGACCCAGUCAGACUAAUGCAUGGUGGAUGGUGUCAUUUCAGUAUUGUUAUUUUUGUCUUUUUCAUUACAUUGAAUCUGCUUUUGCUUUGAGUCAAUAAAAGUCAUUGAUUUUUUUCACUUCAAA